AUGUCUUUUGGAGCGAGGAAUGCUGACAAUCUCCAGAACGCCGAAGAGGCUGCCGAGAUCAAGAAGAAGAGAACCUUCCGCAAGUUUUCCUACCGUGGAGUCGACCUCGACCAGCUCCUUGACCUCUCCUCCGAGCAACUCCGCGACCUCGUCCAUGCGCGCGCCCGCCGCCGAUUCAACCGUGGCCUGAAGCGCCGCCCAAUGGGCCUCAUCAAGAAGCUGCGCACGGCCAAGCAGCAGGCGAAGCCCAACGAGAAGCCCGACGAGGUGCGCACGCACCUGCGGAACAUGAUCGUGGUGCCGGAGAUGAUCGGCAGCGUGAUCGGAAUCUACAGCGGGAAGGAGUUCAAUCAGGUGGAGAUCAAGCCCGAGAUGGUGGGACACUACCUGGGAGAGUUCUCGAUCUCAUACAAACCUGUCAAGCACGGAAGACCGGGUAUCGGUGCCACCCACUCUUCUCGUUUCAUUCCUCUCAAGUAA